CUUUUGCUAUUUUAGGAACGACUAAAUGGUGGAGAAUUUCUUAAAUUUUUCUCGAUAUCCUUACUGUGCCAAUCUACAUUUUGAUGAAGCAACAACGUACACAAAUUAUUUUUUCAGUGGCGCAAGACAGGGAUCCAGAACAAGCGAUUAUAAGCAAACGAAAGCUUCUAUUUUGUACAAUGCGAAAACAGAAGACAUACUCGCAACUGGUGAUGAAGCAGACUAUAGAAAGUUUUCUGAAGCCGAUGAAAACACUGUAUUCUAUAUAAAUAACAUCAUGAUAAAGCUAAAUGAUAUUUAUCUAAAAAACGCUCAGGACCAUAACGCCCACGAUCGAAUGACACUAGCUGGUGUAGUACUCUUCCUUCAAAAUUUAACCAAGGAUUACUCACAGGGAAAAACUAUCUCGCAUAAGUCUUAUUUGGAUUAUCACUUUGCUGUCACUCUCCCCACUCAUUGGGAUCUCAACAUACGAGAAAAAAUGCUACGGCCGCUUUUCAUCCAAGCAGGACUUGUGAGUGCAGACGAUCACCACGACAGACUGCUAUUCUUCUCUCAAUUAGAUGGUGAUUUUCGACAUCUACAAUCCCUUGACCAUAAUGGCAGCAGUAGAAUUAAUACAAGGCUUGCAAAUGGCAGACAGUAUGUCAUGUACAAAUUAAAAUUAGUCGAUAGAAAGUUGAUUGUCACCAUGGAUUUAUUUUCCGCUCAUUAUCCAGCUGUAACAGCUAUAGACGAUAAAUAUGUGUCAAAAGCGUUACAUUCAGUUUAUUUUACAGUCUCCUUAGAUCCUAUGAGCGCAAACAAUUUCAACAGCGGUAUAAUAGUACCAAUAAAUGUAUUCUUUGAUAAUACGCUUGCUUCUACCAAAGAGAUUUUCAUCCGUGAAAUGAAUAAAGUAUCCACUGGCAGCGACGGCAGAUUAGUAACGGCUAUUAUUAUCACACCAGAAUUAAGAAUGGGGAUUUAUGCAAGUUUCGAGCAUCAAUUUGUAUUUAUUCUAAGAGCAUGGUUAAAAGAAUAUGAUCAGGAAAAAUUCAACAAUGAUUUCAUGACAUUUGGAAAAGAAUUAGCAAUCAGCUCUGAUAUAUUAAUAUUUGAUACGAUGGAAAGAACGGAAGAGAAAAUUAGACAGCAAAUACAGGUCUCAAAUAAGCGCAGACCUCCUUCUAUCAUUGCUAAAAGUAACAAUGCUGACGAAAAUUUAUCAAAUCGGCAAAGACCGAAUCACCUCAUCAAUUUAGAUAUCACUUAUAAAGAAGUAAGUAUAUCCUGUGUAUUUACAGAAAAUAAAAAGGCGGCUGAGAAUUCCAUGAAUUAUGAAGUGUGUGAUAUACAACCUUUGGACAAUUUUUUUAUACAGUCAUCCUUAUAUCAAAGACCCGUACUUCAGCUAACAAAUAGACUAAAAGUAUUCAUGGAAGACCAUUUCGAUGAUCUUAUGAAUAUUUCUCUUGAACGUAAUCAACAUACAAUUAAGAACAAUUACAUGUAUCAAAUCAUUAACAGGGCAAAAUUGUGUAGAAGAAAUCGUUAUUUAGACAUAACUGCAGAUCAUUUGAACGCCAAAAAAAUACAGAACAAUAGGUACAUGAAGGCGGCCCAAAAAGUCAUAUCCAAAUUAAGUGACAACACGAGCAUGCUGCAUAGUUUUUUUGCGCCAUCAAGCAUUUCUGCCGCACAUCAUGAAAAGUUAACAUGUAUUCACCAAGAGAAAUACAUUCAUCUUUUUUACCUUAUGUACAUGGGGUAUCUCAACACCUUGAUAGAUAAGAAGUUACAAAUCGCAUUUGGUAACAACUGGAAAAACGCAAAUACAGGAUAUAUCAUUUCCCUUGAAAAAAAGAUGAUGCACAUGACAAGAGGCUCUAAAUACGAUGCAAGAAAUCUUGUUAUCAAUAGUGGUGUUUUACCUGUUUUAAAUAACGCUCAGAAACCUCGACUGGUUGUCCGGGGAGAAGGAAUUUUAUCAGCACUUCAAAAAAAGUUAAAAUUAACCCUUCCUGUCAAGUCUUACUUUUCCAUUGUCCAAUUAAAUCACACGCAUAUAGAGGUUGCAUUACAUCAAGUUGUGGAUAUUGAAACACCCGAAAGGAGUGCAUCAAGUAUCAUUCUGGAAGAUAGGAUACUUUCGAUUGAAAACGUCAUUGAUUCAACGUGCAAAAACAUCUGGAAGCAUAUAACAUUACAUGAUGAUAUAAAUUACUGCGCCUUGAAUAACGCUGAAGCAAAUAUAACAUGUGAUGUUCUUUCGUUACAAAACUAUUUUUACGCUAUUGAAAAGUUGAAACUUUAUUUUUCUAAGAUUGUUGAAUUUGGAGAGCCAAGUCUGGAUAAAGACGAGAUCAAGCAGCUUCAAAUCAGUAAAACAUGUGAUUGUACUAUUCAUAUCACUCUCAGAAAUAUCAUCGACAUUGGCCUAAAGCCAGUGAUACAGAAUAUUACCACAGUGAUAGCAGCUUCAAUAGUAAACACAGAUCUGUUUGGAGACUACAUUGUAGACCAUUUAUUUAUCCUGGGAGACAUAUUUACGGUUUCAAAUGGCGCUCCACUUUACAAUGUCCACAGGUUGAAUCUACAAAAAUCAAUAGCUGCUAGUAUAAGGUCAAAAGAACAAGACACGCAAGGAUAUGUUCUGAAAGAAACUCUCCAUCAGCUUUUGCAGCCAACCAUCGGUAAACAGCCUUACAUGUACGAUAGCUUUGUCAAAGGAGAUCUGUACCAAGUAGCUAGUGAAACAUAUGGAUUGUGUAUCAAAUUAGAGUCAUAUAACCGUGAAGCUGCCUAUUUUAUUUCUUGUCAAAAAGAUAGUAUACUUGUAAGUAACAAAAAGUCGGCCAUGAUUAUACUCCAAACAGGGCAAAUGAUUCCACACACAGGUGUUCGCUUAAAGUUUAAUGUCAAGCAUAAAUACAUGGAAACCUAUCUAAAAGAAAUGAGAUAUAUGACUAUAGAAUUUAUACGGUUAAGACAUUCCAAAGAAGAUAGGCUUAAAGAUGUUGUUUCUUUGGAGAAAUAUUCUUACGAUAGUCUGUCUACUUUUGAAUUUCCUUACUCUCGAUAUCAUGGAAUUCCUCUUCGUUUGAUGAUCAAGUCUGUCAAUUACAAUUCUUCUCUUCAAUUUAUAAUUACAAGUACUGGUGCAGAUAUUGAUCCCAGCAUCACUCUACCGCCUCAUGUUGUAUUAGAAGAACAUUUAUCACUGGCCUAUUUCUAAAAAAGAAAAGAAAAGCAGCAAACUUACAUGUGUACGCCAUGUACCCCUAUUAAAUAUAAUAUAUAUUACCUUUUAACUAUGUUUUACAUCCAAAAAGGUACACCUUAAAUAUUGAUCUAAUGUUUCCAGCAUGACGUGCUGCUUAUUAAUGG